AUGGCUGCCUCCUCUUCUUCUUCAUCAUUUCAUUGUUGGAGAUACCACGUCUUUCCUAGCUUUUGUGGAGAAGAUGUCCGUAGGAGUUUUCUGAGCCACCUUGAAAAAGAGCUACAAAUUAAGGGAAUCAAUGCAUUCAAAGAUCAUGGAAUCAAGAGAAGCCGAUCCAUAUGGCCUGAACUCAAACACGCUAUCUGGGAAUCAAGGAUUUCUUUAGUUGUUCUCUCAAGGAACUACGCUGGCUCAUCCUGGUGCUUGAAUGAGUUGCUAGAGAUCAUGGAGUCUAGGGAAGCCUUGGGACAAACAUUGCUGCCGGUUUUCUAUGAAGUGGAUCCAUCCGAUGUUAGAAAACAGACAGGAGCUUUUGGGAAGGCCUUUGAGAAAACUUGUGUCGGAAGAAACGUUGAAGAGAGGCAGAGAUGGAGUCGAGCUUUGACCAAUGUUGCUAAUGUCGCUGGCGAUUGGUCUGAAAAAUGGGAAAGUGAAGCAAGUAUGGUUGAGAAGAUUGUUGCGGAUGUUUCAGAAGAGUUGAAUUGCUGCACUCCUUCAAAGGACUUCGACGAUUUUGUUGGAUUGGAAGCUCAUAUCGCGAAGUUGAGUUCAAUGUUAUGUCUACAGUCUAAUGAAGUGAGGGUGAUAGGGAUUUGGGGUCCUACUGGAAUCGGUAAGACCACCAUUGCCAGAGCUUUAUACAAUCAACUUUCUUCUGAUGCUUAUGACUUUCAAUUAAGUCUUUUCAUGGAGAAUGUUAAGGGAAGCUAUAGGACAAAGGAGCUCGAUGGUUAUAGUUUGAAGUUGCAUUUACAAGAAAGAUUUCUCUCUGAAAUAUUCAACCAGAGGAAUAUAAAGAUAAGCCAUUUAGGUGUAGCACAAGAAAGGCUAAAGAACCAGAAAGCUCUUAUUGUUCUUGAUGAUGUAGAUGAAUUAGAACAACUACAUGCCUUGGCAGAUAAAACUCAGUGGUUUGUGGGUUUUCCAUCUAAAGGAGAAGCCAUUCAAAUCUUAUGUCGAUUUGCUUUUGGACAAAACUCUGCACCGGAAGGCUACUAUGAUCUAGCUGUUGAAGUUGCAAAACUUGCGGGGGCUCUUCCUUUAGGUCUCAGCAUUUUAGGUGCAUCUUUGCGAGGGAUGAGCAAGGAGGAGUGGACUAAAGCGUUACCGAGGCUUAAAACCAGUUUAAAUGGGAAAAUAGAGAAACUAUUAGGAGUAUGCUAUGAUGGGUUAGAUGAGAAAGAUAAGUCUCUCUUUCUUCAUAUUGCAUGUUUGUUUAAUGGCGAGAAUGUUGAUCGUGUGAAGCAAUUGCUUGCUAAGAGUGCACUGGAUGCAGAAUUUGGACUUAAAGUCCUUGUUGACAGAUCUCUUAUCCACAUCCACGCUGAUGGGUAUAUAGUAAUGCAUUGUUUGCUACAACAAAAAGGUAAGGAAAUUACUCGGGGACAAUGUCUCCACGAGCCUGGGAAACGUAGAUUCCUGGUUGAUGCUUUGGAGAUUUCAGAUGUACUUGCAGAUGAAACCGGUACAGAAACUGUUUUAGGAAUUUCAUUAGAUAUGUCAGAAAUCGACGAACAACUGUAUAUAAGUGAAAAAUCCUUUGUGAAAAUGCCUAAUCUUCAGUUCUUGAGGCUAUACAAUAACUUUCCAGAUGAAAGAGUCAAGGUAUACGUACCUCAUGGCUUGGAUUAUCUACCACGUAAACUUAGUUUGCUACAAUGGGAUUUGUAUCCGGUAAAACAUAUGCCCUAUAAGUUUCGUCCUGAGUUUCUUGUGGAACUCACUAUGCGGGAUAGCAAGCUUGAGAAGCUUUGGGAAGGUGUUCAGCCAUUGCCAAGUCUCAAGCAUAUGGAUUUGAGUGCAUCCAGAAACAUCAAAGACAUUCCAAAUCUCUCAGGAGCAACAAAUCUGGAGAAAUUGUUUCUUAGGCUCUGCGAAAAUAUGGUCACGGUUUCUUCUUCUUCUCUACAAAACCUCAGUAAGCUCAAAGUCUUGGACAUGUCUUCUUGCAUAAAACUGAAGAAUCUUCCAACCGACCUCAACUUGGAAUCCCUCAGCGUUCUUAAUCUAAGAGGGUGCUGGAAGUUGAAGAGUUUCCCUUUUAUUUCAACACGGAUCCAAUUCGUGUCUCUUGGGGAAACAGCGAUAGAGAAAGUGCCUUCACUAAUCAAGCUAUGUUCUCGUCUUGUUUCAUUGGAAAUGGGGGGCUGUAAGAACCUUAACACAUUACCACCUCUCCCUGCAAGUGUAGAGAUCGUGGACUUAUCCGGGACAGGAGUCGAGGUAGUAUACACUGAGGCAGGGCCCGUUUUUAGCAAGUAUAUGGUGGGAUACAUCCGUGGGCCCACUUGUUUUUCUUCUGUUUUUAAGGCAUAA